GCUGGAUACCACCAUAACCACCCGUCUCCACUUCUUCUAUCUUUCUCUGCAUCUGUUUGUCAUUUACACAUCGCUCAUUGAUUCCCCGUGUGCCCGCAAGAGAUGGCAAAGAAGAGCAAAGAUGACGUGCCGAACCCGAACAGCAUCACGAACCGGGACAUCCUCCAACGGUUGAACUUCCUCUACCAAGCCAGUCAACUUUUGGGCACGCAGAGCGUACCGCCGUCUGUCGCCCAGGGACCUGUGCCAGACUCGCUCCGAGGCAGGGAGCGGAAACGCGAGAUGCAGAGACGGUUCAAGGAGCGGCACUCAACCGCGUACGCGGACCUCUCGCGGACGUAUGUGAAGAACAUGAAGGCGAUUGGGAGAAAAACGAACAUGCGCAUGGAUCCUGCGGUAAAGCGUACACUCUGCAAGGGGUGCGACCUGGUGCUCGUGCCUGGUCUGACGGCCGAAGUACGAGUCAACUCGUCGACGAACUCUGGACAUACGGUGUCCCAGACGUGUAUGAGCUGCCGGAAGUCGCGACGAAUACCUGCCCCGCCCAUCAUCGACGAGAACACGGAAUCUGCGCCUGACCGCGCACCCUCCCCUCCUGCGCCAGCCGAAACGGAGGCGAGCUCGUCUCAUACUAUAGUCGUUGACACCCAAGAUCCACCCGCACCCGCACCUACCAGAAUACCACGCCGAUCUCGGCCCAGGCGCAGGCCGGCCCCGCGAUUGCCUCCUCUAUUCGAGCGCAACGUCGGACAUGUCAUAUUCCGAGGUAACGAGCGCAUUGCAUGACCGUGUGCUAUUUGGAAGAUCGGCGCAAACGAUGCGGAUAUCACACGACUCGAACACUAUCUUACACCCUUCUGGAUUCAAGUGCGAUCUCUGCUAUGCACGAGGCCGUCCACGGUUCAAGCACACUAUAUCCCUCCGAUUGUCAUCCCCGCAUUGUGCAAGAGGGGCUUCAACCUGUCCUCUUCGUGUAGAGACAUGAUGUCAUCCGAGCCUCCGAUGGAUUUGCCCUGCCGAAGAAUUGUUUCAGACGGGGGCACUGUACGAAUGAAGACGCUGCGCACCUGUAGGAUGAUGUUAGGGACAGUCCUUUGGCCUGUCAGCCUGUACAAGAUCCCCUGGAUGAUGGGCCCGUCGCUGCGCAGAUCAAGCUCAACGAUCGUGGGAGCGGGCUUCAGCUUGUAGGACGAAAGCAGUGCUUUGGCUCGCUGCGAAUACCUACAAAACGAUCGUUAAGUAUCUGUAUGUCAUAUGUAAGGGCCUGUGUACGUACGCGCAGUACGACUUGCUGAAGACUAUGAGCGGGUGCUCUGUCUCCAGGUCCUGCAAGUGUGUUGUCCAGUCGGCGUCGCCAUCUGGUGCAUACACCUUCAUGUCCACCUCCUCUUGCGCCUCCACUUUGACAUGCCCCACGCCUGCCACCUCAAUCAUGUCGUCCUCUUCGUUGAAUUUCCUAUUGGGAUAGGCCGUGACGAAGUGCAGCAGGCCGUCGAUCUCCCGCGCUUGUGGUCUCCCUGCGUCCGCUUUGGCAUCAGCAAUGAGACGAGCGGGGGAAGAUGAGCUGGAGAGACCAAGGUCUUUGAGAUAGGCUGGCAACGGCCACGAGCUGAAGGACAGUGAGCUGUCCGUGUUAGUGGCGAGGUAGAAGAACCCGACGAGCGAGAGGAUGAUCAGAGACCAGAUGACGCGUCGACGUCUGAAUGGCGAGCCAGCCAUGUCGUACGAAAUGUGUGCUCGUCUCAGGUCGUGGUAGCUAGAAGAGAUGAGUAGGCCUGUGAGUGAGUGCGUGAGCGGU